GGUCCAGCUGGUUUGAAGGGAGGCGAAGGACCACAGGGUGCCCAAGGCCCCAUCGGUUCUCCAGGAGAGAGAGGUGCUGCCGGUCCCGGAGGUGCCAUUGGUCUUUCAGGACGCUCCGGACCUCAGGGAGGUCCUGGACCAGCCGGAGAGAAGGGAGGCCCGGGAGAGAAAGGCCCCAUGGGACCAGCUGGUCGUGACGGUAUUCAAGGUCCUGUUGGUCUUCCUGGCCCUGCAGGCCCCCAAGGCCCCCCUGGAGAGGAUGGAGACAAGGGAGAGGUUGGUGAGCCUGGCCAAAAGGGAAGCAAAGCAGACAAGGGGGAACAGGGUCCUCCUGGGCCAUCUGGUCUUCAAGGUGUCAUCGGAGCUCCUGGUCCUGCCGGUAGUGAUGGUGAGUCAGGACCCAGGGGUCAGCAGGGUAUGUUUGGCCAGAAGGGAGACGAAGGAUCCAGAGGAUUCCCUGGGCUACCUGGCCCCAUCGGACUGCAGGGGCUGCCUGGUACAUCAGGAGAGAAGGGAGAGAACGGGGACGUCGGCCCGAUGGGUCCACCUGGUCCUCCAGGUCCCAGAGGUCCCCAGGGUUCUAGUGGAGCUGACGGUGCCCAAGGCCCUCCUGGUGGAGUGGGUUCUAUGGGAGGUAAUGGAGAAAAGGGAGAGAGCGGUGAAGCUGGCAACCCGGGACCAUCUGGAGAGCCCGGUGGUGGA